AUGUGUGCAGCAUCUGCCAGCCUGGGGACACUCCCUUUUAUGCAAGAUGUUGGCAGUGUAAGCAGUGGACCUGCCUGUUGUGGAACAAAUCUAUGUAAUACUCUCACAGCAACAACUACAGCUCCAACCACAAACACUCCAACCACAAGUACUGCUCCAACCACAACUACUACUUCUCCAACCACAACAACCACUACAACUACUGCACCAACCACUACAACUACUGCUCAAACUACAACAACUACUGCAUCAACUACAACUGCUGCAACCACAACUACUACUGCUCCAACCACAACAACUACUGCAGCAAACACUACAAAUACUGCAGCAAACACUACAAAUACUGCUCCAACCACAACAACUACUGCUCCAGCCAGAACAACUACUGCACCAACCACUACAACUUCUGCUUCAACCACAACUACUACUGCUCCAUCUACAACUACUGCCCCAACCACAACUACUACUGCUCCAACCACAACUACCGCACCAACCACUACAACUACGGCCCCAACUACAACUACUGCUCCAACCACAACUACUGCAGCAGCCACUACAGCUACUGCUGCAACCACAACUACUACUGCUCCAACUACAAUAAAUACUGCACCAACCACUAUAACUACUGCUCCAGCCACAACAACUACUGCUCCAACCACAACAACUACUGCUUCAAGCACAACUACUACUGCUCCAACUACAAUGAUUACUGCAUCAACUACAACUGCUCCAACCACAACUACUGCUCCAUCUACAACUACUGCUCCAACCACAACUACUGCACCAACCACUACAACUACUGCUCCAACUACAACUACUACUCCAACCACAACUACUACGGACCUAACCACAACCACAACUGCUCUAGACACAACUACUUCUGCCCCAACCACAACAACUACUGCCUCAACCACUACAACUACUGCCCCAACCACAACAACUACUGCUCCAACUACAACUACUGCCCCAUCCACAACAACUACUUCUCCAACCACAACUACUGCAGCAACUACUACAACUACUGCUGCAACCACAACUACUACUGCUCCAACUACAAUAACUCCUGCCCCAACCACAACAACUACUGCUCCAACUACAACGACUACUGCAUCAACUACAACUGCUCCAACCACAACUACUACUGCCCCAACCACACAAACUACUGCUCCAACUACAACUGUUGCUCCAACAACAACUACUGCACCAACCAAUUCAACUACUGCCCCAACUACAACCACUACUGUUCCAACCACAACUACUGCAGCAACAACU